CGCGGCUCCGCCCUGCCCUCUCGCCGCGCCGCUGCCGCCGCGCCCCGCGUCCCUGCGCCCCUCUCACUGCCGCUGCGGGCGGGCAGGGCUAGGCCGGACCGGGAAGCUGAGCCUUAGCCGAGCGCACCCUCCCCGCCGCGCCGAGCCCAGCCGAAGCCCUCCGCCGCGCCCGUCCAUGUGUCGUGAGCCGCCGGCCUGAUCCCGCACACACAAAGGCGGGUCGGGAGGCGACGGGCACGGCCCAUGUACCGUGAGCAGCCCCCGGCGGCGGCCCGGCCCCGGGCCAUGAGGACGGCGUAGCUCCGACACCGCCGCGCUAGGCCCGACCCGGCCCGGCGCGGCCCCGGGGGGCAGCCGCGUACCGGCGGCGGCGGCGGCGCGGCCCGGUAUGGCAGGAGGUGACGGCGCCCCCUGUCGGGCGGGCGGGACGCUGCGGGCGAGUCGCUGCCCCCCGCCGUUAGUGGUGGUGCUGCUGCUGCUGGCGGCGGCGGCGGCGGCGAGCGAGGAGAUCAACGCCGAGGCAUGGCUGCGGCUCUACGGCUACCUGCCGCAGCCCAGCCGGCAGAUGUCCACCAUGCGCUCGGCUCAGACCUUCUCCGCCGCCCUGGCCGAGAUGCAGAAGUUCUACGGCAUCCCCGUCACAGGCGUCCUGGACGAGGAGACCAAGGCGUGGAUGAGACGCCCCCGCUGCGGGGUGCCAGACCAGUUCGGGGCGCGGAUGAAGUCCAACAUGCGUCGGAAGCGGUACGCGCUGACGGGGCGGCGCUGGAGCCAGAACCAUCUCACCUUCAGCAUCCAAAACUACACGGAGAAGCUGGGUCGGUCCCGGUCGUCCGAGGCGGUGCGGGAGGCGUUCCGGGUGUGGGAGCAGGCGACGCCGCUGGCGUUCCGGGAGGUGCCUUACGAGGACAUCCGGCAGAAGAGGAAGAAGGAGGCUGACAUCAUGGUGCUCUUCGCCUCCGGCUUCCACGGCGACAGCUCCCCCUUCGACGGCGUCGGAGGCUUCUUGGCUCACGCCUACUUCCCUGGUCCUGGCAUGGGAGGCGACACCCACUUCGAUUCGGAUGAGCCCUGGACGCUGGAGAACGCAGAUGUGUCUGGGAACAACCUUUUCCUGGUGGCUGUGCAUGAGCUGGGGCACUCGCUGGGCUUGGAGCACUCCAGCAACCCCAGCGCCAUCAUGGCCCCCUUCUACCAGUGGAUGGACACGGAGAACUUCCAGCUGCCUGAGGAUGACCUCAAGGGCAUCCAGCAGCUGUAUGGUACCGUGGAUGGGCAUCCUCAGCCCACCAAGCCUUUGCCCACUGUGACACCCCGGAGACCUGGCAGGCCAGAUCACAGACCCCCUAAGCCACCCCCCCCAGGCAAACCAGAGAGACCCCCCAGGCCUGGCAGCCCAGACCAGUACGGCCCCGACAUCUGCGACGGCGACUUCGACACGGUGGCAGUGCUGCGUGGGGAGAUGUUUGUCUUCAAGGGUCGCUGGUUCUGGCGAGUGAGGCACAACCGAGUGCUGGACAACUACCCCAUGCCCAUCGGGCACUUCUGGAGGGGCCUGCCCGGGGACAUCGACGCCGCCUACGAGAGGCACGAUGGGAGGUUCGUCUUCUUCAAAGGUGACCGUUAUUGGCUCUUCAGAGAAGCCAACCUGGAGCCUGGGUACCCCCAGCCCUUGGUCACCUACGGGCAGGGCAUCCCUUACGACAGCAUCGACACGGCCGUCUGCGCCCUCUGGCGGUGCCGGAGGGGAACGCUCCUCCUGCUCGCUCGGAGCCGUAAGGGUUCUCCCCACUCUGCGCCUCACAGCGCCCUCUGGCGGUGCCGGAGGAGAUCGCUCCCACUGCUCGCUGGGAGCCCGCCCUGUGGCGGUGCCGGAGGGGAUCGCUCCUGCUGCUCGCUGGGACCCGUAGGGGUUUUCCCGCCUCCGCGACUCACAGCGCUCUCUGGCGGUGCCGGAGGGGAUCGCUCCUGCUGCUCGCUGGGACCCCGCCCUCUGGCGGUGCCGGAGGGGAUCGCUCCUGCUGCUCGCUGGGACCCGUAG